AUGGCGACCGAAUCCACCAUUGACACCUCGUCCACGUACACCGUCGACUACACCACCGAAGACGUCGUCAAUGCCUGGCAGACGAAGCGCCUCCGCAUGAUCCGGAUCGAGCCGGGCGACCCCGCCGUGCGACAAGCGCUCGCGGGGCUGCAGCAGGACCCGGUAGUGACGGCGCUGGCCUCGAACGCGGUGCUGCAGCCGGUCGGCAGCGCCGAUCUGGACGGGGCCAUUGCCGUCAUCUCGCAAGCGCUGCUCGGCGUGGCCAUUGCGCUGCUGCCCGCCGCCGAUGCCUCCCCGGAGCUGCCGCCCGUCAUCAUCGGCAACAUGACGCUCGGCUGGGGCGGGCUGGCGCCGCGCACCGCGCACCACCGCACCGCCGGCAUGGGCAUCACGCUGGCCCGCGCCUGGCAGGGCCAGGGCUACGGCGCCGAGGCCAUCGACUGGAUGCUCGACUGGGCCUUUGCCCACGCCGGCCUGCACAGCGUCUCGCUCAGCGCCGCCGACUUCAACCAGCGCGCCGUCCGCGUCUACCAGAAGCUCGGCUUCCGCGUCGAGGGCCGCUACAAGGAGAGGAUCUACUUUAACCGCGCCUGGCACGACGAGAUUGCCUUUGGCAUCACCGAGCACGAAUGGGCGGCGUUGCGGGGGAAGAAGUAA